GGCCCGGUAGGGGUCAAGCCGAUACUACCCCCCCCCCCCCUAGUCUCUGCUCCCUCCGGCGCCGCUCUCUUCCGUUCCGAUUGCGCACGAUGCUACGGCGAUGGGGCGGCCGCGAUCGCUGCAGUCCAGGUCCCCCGCGCGCGCGCUCUCGUAUGGUAGAGUGGUGGACGCGGCAGCUCGGGAUGGGGAGCUUCGGGUGUUCGUGGUCGCCGGCGAGGUCUCCGGCGACUCGCUCGCUUCGCGCCUCAUGGCGUCGCUCAGAGCGCUCUCCCCUAUCCCCGUCCGCUUCUCUGGCGUUGGCGGUGAAUUAAUGAGCAGGGAAGGCUUGCUAACGCUUUUUCCCAUAGAAGAAAUUGCCAUAAUGGGCUUGUGGGAGCGGCUGCCACACAUAUAUAGUGUCAAGAAGAAGAUUGAGGAUACUGUAAAUGCUGCUAUGGUAUUUCAACCUCAUGCUGUGGUUACAAUUGAUUCGAAGGGGUUCUCUUUUCGCCUGUUUAGGCAAUUGAAAUGUAAGGGUAUCAAUGAAGUAUUUUUCUUUAUUUAUUCACGAGCACAUAUGGUAAACUGUUACAGUUGUUUAGGCAGAUGCAAUCAAAAGAUUCAACGUCCUCUAUAUGUCCAUUAUGUUGCACCGUCAUUCUGGGCCUGGAAAGGUAGUGAAAGCAGGCUCUCAAAGUUGCAUGAUUUUGUGGACCACGUGUUGUGUAUUCUUCCAUUUGAGGAAGAAAUAUGCAAAUUAAUUGCGUUGCCUGCUACUUAUGUGGGCCACCCCUUAUUGGAUGAUGCUAUUGGCUUGAACAUGAGACCAAGAUUGCCUUCUGACAAGUCUAAGCAUCAAAGGAGUAGUGAAGCUUUCCGACUGGAACAUGGGCUGCACCUAGGUAAGUUAUGUAGUUCAAGGGCUCAACCUGGCUUGAGGGUUGCUUCUCAUAUUCGUUGCUUUCCUGUAUGCACUCCUGGUAUUCUUUAGAGCACCAUGUGUUAUAGCACGAUAUGUUCGCUGGUUCGCCGCUGUGCAUUCAUACUUUUUCUCCCUAAUGCCAAUUGUUAUAGGAUCAUGAAUAUAUAGUUGCUACUUGUUACUUGUGUGUGUUUCAAUUCUGCCUUCUGAGUUCCAUCAGAUCUUGAGUCAUUGUUAGUAAUUUACUCGUCUUACUACAUAGCCUAGUUGAUGCGCUGAGACUCGUUCUGCUUUUAGUAGCCAGCUUCUAGAAGGCAACUGACAAACUGCUCUAGCCUCUUGGCUCUAUGGCUAAUGGCCACAGUUUGAUUCCCACAAACCACGAGUUGGGUCAGGUAUUUGUGUGUUUGUCCCAUGUGUUCUACCAAUAACCUGUUGACUGUGAAACUUAACUAGUCAAUUGUCCCCUCCAAAAAAUAAAUAAAUAAUCUAGUUGCUAGAAUUAUUGAUGAAGUCUUCUUCAAUCUAUGAUACAUUUGCUAUAUCUUUUGGCCCUUUGUUAGGUUAUAUUUUCUGCUCUGAUAAAAAAGUAGCAUGUCCCUUGAGUAAGCGAUGUGACAAAGGAAUUGAAGGUUAUGAGAUGAUUGCAUCUAUCAAAAUCCAGCUGUAUUUAUUAAACUAGAAAUAUUUAAAAUAUUUGUAUAGGACAUGUUGGGUGCAUAGUAUGAAGAGAACAAAAGGACAGAUUUGAUGUUUAUUAAUGAUAAAUAACAGUUUUCUUCAUAGCUUUUGUGAAGCUUCUUUGUUGGAUUAAUUCUAGUUUCCUUUUUAGUGGGAAUCAGAUUUAUUUUCUUAGUGCCUCAACAGGUCUUUGACUGAAUGCUUGUCAUCAGGUAGUGUGGAAAUGUUGGAUUGGAAAUAGCAGAGUACCAACAACCAAUAACUGGUCAGGUUUUGUGUAUGAAUGAAUACAGAUACAGUAAUGUUUCAAGGAUAGUAUUAGCAUCCAUAGCCUACAAGCAUGGAAGUGUUUCAAAUAGCAGAGUACCACAGCCAAUAUGAUCAGUGGGGUUAUUUCUAACGAUGAAAUCCUUCAACUGCAAGUUGGAUCAGCUGGCCCAUCAAGCAACGAGGUAACUUAUUUGUGGAAGAGUUGGGCAACUCAAGGUUGUCAUCUAAUGUCUACUCC